CCGUAUCUCAGCUCUCGCGAGGUUUCGUCUUCCCGGAAGCGUUGGAAGACGUUCCCUGUUGACUGCGUCGCGAUGUGUGGAGACUGUGUGGAGAAGGAAUAUCCCAACCGGGGUAACACCUGCCUGGAGAAUGGAUCUUUCUUGCUGAACUUUACAGGCUGUGCGGUGUGCAAUAAGCGGGAUUUUAUGCUGAUCACAAACAAAUCCUUGAAAGAAGAAGAUGGAGAAGAAAUAGUUACCUAUGACCAUCUGUGUAAGAAUUGUCAUCAUGUAAUAGCCAGACAUGAGUAUACAUUCAGUAUCAUGGACGAAUUUCAGGACAAAAUCAAAGGGACCCUUAGGAGGAGAGUGUGUCAUAUUCUAGGGGGAAAAAAUGGCUCUGAGUGCCCCAGCUUUUGCCAGGCCGAGAUGACAAAGUUGUGUUUAUCUUGAAAAGUCAGUGCGUGGUGCCACUUGUCCUGGAGAACACACCUGCCCCUGCCCCUGCCCCCGCACUGUACCAUCUCCUAUAUUAUAUCCUCCACCUCCACCUGACCCCAGUCCCCAAGUCGUGAGGAUCAGUCCUUGCUUGGAGAAUGGUGAAGAGGAGUCACAGAACAGGUGGGUAAACUUAGUGGAUGAACUGCACCUCCCUCCCUCUCAGACAGAGGUUCGGUCCCCAAGACUUUUCAGAGUAGCUUGUGCUGGUCACCUUCCCACAGAAGAAAGUGUGGAGGGAGUCGAAGUUGCUGUGGUUCCAGACGCAGACAGGCCACCCUGAUGCUUUCAACAGGACCCAUACAGUACAUCGCAGGAUGUCUGCUAAGGGCCAUCUCAGAGGCCCACCCCUGGAAGCCACAGAAACUGAAAAGACCCUAAGCCACUUCAUUCUUCCAAGCACCCACCAACUCAACAAGUUACUUUUUAAAAAAUGCCUUGAUUUCUUCAUCAGCAAAACCAGCAAUGGAGCUUGACCUAGCUUUGAGAUUUUAGAGUGAAAUUUCAAUAACAAAGCAAAUGUUUACUAGAGUGUUUUCACAGGGGCACAUCCAUUGGGAACUGUCUGCUUGAACAAAGAAUAAGCAAGUCUGGGGAGCAGCUGGUCUUGAGA